AUCAAUUACUGUUCAGUCGCGUUUUGAAUCGGUAGCACAUGCAGUCGCGUACGCGGAUUAGCAGUAAGGAAGUGUAUUAAGGAUAGACUCUCCUAUUGAAUCGAAGUGGUGUCCACCUCAAUAAUGGGGUCAUUAACAAAAACACUGUGCAAAUUAUUAACUUUGGGUAUUUUGUGUCAUGUGGCGGUUGCCAAAGUAUUCGAACGCUGUGAACUAGCAAAACUUCUCAAGGAUAAGCACAGAUUAUCAAUAGAUGAAGUCGCGAACUGGGUGUGCAUAGCCCAACACCAGAGCAAUUUUAAUAGUGGUUUAAGAACUGGAGCUCCGGACAAUGGAGCACAUGGACUGUUCCAAAUAAGUGAUCAGUUUUGGUGUUCACCUCCGGGAAAAGGAGAUGCGUGUGGAGUGUCAUGUGAUCGUCUUCGUGAUGACGACCUUACUGAUGACAUCGAUUGCGUCCGAAGAAUAUACGACGAGCAUCAAAGGAUCUCUGGAGACGGGUAUACCGCUUGGACCAUGUACACGAGAUUUUGUAAAGGCCGGGCGAAAAAAGCAAUAGAAGGAUGUUUUGAAUCACCAUACCCAAAAAGAGCUUUAGAUCGGUUCGAAUCUUCUUUGAAUACGUUAUCAAUCGUGUACAAUAAAGCCAAAUCGAAGGUCUACACCAGAUGUGAGUUGGCCAAAGAACUUAGAUACAAACAUAAUGUUCCAACAGAACAAAUUGCCACUUGGGUUUGCAUUGCCAAACACGAGUCAAAUUUCAACACUUCCGCAAUAGGAAGGCUCAAUACUGAUGGCAGCGGAGACCAUGGAUUAUUCCAAGUCAGCGAUAUUUACUGGUGUUCACCCCCCGGACAAGGCUGGGCGUGUGGACUUUCAUGUAGCGAUCUUGAAGAUUCUGAUAUAACAGACGACGUCGAAUGCAUCAAAAAGAUUUACGAAGAACAUACAAGAAUUUCGGGAGAUGGAUUCAAUGCUUGGGUUACAUAUCAGCCGCAUUGUAAAGGUCGGGCCGACAAUUAUAUACAAGGAUGUUUUACUGACAUCGACAGCACGACUUCCGAACCGGUACAUCAAGUAGGGUUUCCGCAAAAGCCGCAUAAGCGUCCGCUAUCCAAACCGAGUAAGCCAGGAAAAGUAUACACACCAUGCGAGCUCGCAACGGAAUUAAGACAUAAACAUAAAAUCCCGCUUGAGCAAAUCGCAACUUGGGUCUGCAUUGCGAAGCACGAGUCCAACUUCAAUACUUCCGCGAUAGGUCGACUCAAUACGGACGGAAGUGAGGACCAUGGUAUCUUCCAAGUGAGUGAUAUCUACUGGUGCUCGCCUCCGGGAAAUGGCUGGGCUUGUGGAUUGUCUUGUGGCGAUCUUGAAGACUCUGACAUCACGGAUGACGUCGAGUGUAUUAGAAAAAUUUAUGAAGAGCAUACACGACUGUCAGGAGAUGGAUUCAACGCUUGGACUGUUUACAAACCCCAUUGUAAAGAAAAGGCAGAUCGUUAUAUUCAAGGAUGUUUCAGUGAUACGGCAACUAAUUAUGUCACAGAGCAACCUCAACAACGGCCCUCUCAAAGUCAGGUUGUCUCAAAACCUAAGGGCAAAGUGUAUACACCGUGCGAAUUGGCCAAGGAGCUUCGCUAUACGCAUAAGAUCCCAAAGGAGCAAAUCCCCACAUGGAUUUGUAUCGCUAAACAUGAAUCUAAUUUUAACACAUCUGCCAUCGGUCGGUUGAACGGUGGCGGCAGUGAAGAUCAUGGACUGUUCCAAAUAAGUGAUAUCUAUUGGUGCUCACCGCCAGGAAAAGGUUGGGUUUGUGGAUUAUCUUGCAGCGAAUUGGAGGAUUCUGACAUUACAGACGACGUUGAAUGUAUGAAGAAAAUUUAUGAAGAACAUCAAAGGCUGUCUGGGGAUGGUUUUAAUGCUUGGGCCGUAUAUAAACCCUAUUGUCAAGGCAGAUCUGAAGAUUAUAUUCGCGGAUGUUUUGCCGACUAUGAGGGUGGUUCAGAGAGUUUGUCUCCCGUCAUUCCGGAUCGCGGAAGUCAUAGAUCACCCAGCAGGCCGAGCCGCGGGCGAGGUAAAAUUUAUACUCCUUGUGAGCUAGCAAAGGAACUGCGCUACAAGCAUCAUAUCCCUCUCGAGCAGAUCGAUACGUGGGUAUGUAUUGCUAAACAUGAGUCGAAUUUCAACACCUCCGCAAUCGGACGACUCAAUGGAGACGGUAGCGAGGAUCACGGAUUAUUUCAAAUUAGCGAUAUAUACUGGUGUUCUCCACCAGGAAAAGGCUGGGCUUGCGGAUUAUCUUGUAGUGAUUUAGAAGAUUCAGAUAUCAGUGACGAUGUUGAAUGCAUUAAAAAAAUUUAUGAAGAGCACACAAGAUUAUCUGGAGAUGGAUUCAAUGCAUGGGCUGUAUACAAUCCGCAUUGUAAAGGACACUCGCGCAGUUACACUCAGGGCUGCUUUGACGAUUAUUUAACUGAAACCGUCACUAAUGCUUUAAUACCUGUUGUUGAACCUAAACAGGUUUUAAGAGGUCCGAGCAAGAUUUACACUCGAUGUGAAUUGGCUGAUGAGUUGCGAUUUAAGCACAAACUGCCUGAGGAUCAAAUUGCAACCUGGGUAUGUAUCGCAGAACACGAAUCCCGUCUCAAUACCGGUGCAAUGAAUGCUGGAAGUGGAGAUCACGGUCUAUUUCAAAUUAGUGAACUUUUUUGGUGCGAUACAUCUGGACCUGGAAAAGAGUGCAGAGUAGAAUGCUCCAAAUUUCGAGAUGGUGAUAUAACUGAUGAUGUUGCAUGUAUAAAAAAAAUUUACAAGGAGCACUCCAGAUUGUCUGGAGAUGGAUUCAAUGCUUGGGUUGUUUACCCACAACACUGCAAAGGUCGAGCGGACAGCUAUGUGAAGGGUUGCAGCCAGGUUCCCCCUCAAACUAUAAAACCCACUAAACGUCCUCAAAUCCCAAUCCCAGCAAUCACUGCUCCAAGCAACCUGCCUGAUUACAGAGAACAAUUCCUUAAGCAGAAAUUCACCACAAAAGUUCCGUUAUACUCUGCUACACGAAAACCACCGGCUUUUGGAUCCCGCCAAGAUAAUGUUGUAGUUACACCAACUUCACAAACAUUUGAUGACGUAUUUUUCUCUAGCAGAUUCCCAUUCGAGAGAAUCAGGCCCACGACUCAUCCUAAAAUUUCACGCCCGACAGUGUCAACCAUCAGACCACAACCCACUUUCCCUCCAGGGCAGCCCGGAACAACUGCAGGAUCAAGGUUUAGCUUACCGUCUGCGACCCCAGCACCGGGCCGACUCUCAACUACUAGAAAGCAAUUUAUUUCUCCAACCGAAGCACCUAAGACUUCCAUUUACAAUGCGUUUGAUUCUUUCACGAGACCAAUUAUUAUUACACCGACAACCAAACAACCCGCAAAAGUUACAACUUCUAAUAGGUUUGCUGCAUUCGAUGCAACAAGCCGCUUCUCAACAACUAAAGCAUAUUCAAAACCUACGCCCACCACAAUUGCCUCUAAGAUUACAACGGCCUACCCCCGACAACAUACAAGACCCUCACCUACAUACUUCGGACGAACACGGCCAACUCCUACUUUACGACCGGAAAUCUUCAUACCAUCUCAAGUGCCGAAAACGUAUGACAACGUUUUCGAUUUCUAUUUUGACCUUUAUAAACUUCAACGUCAACCAAUCAACAUUCCCACACCAAGGUUCCAGGCUUCUUCAGCUCUUAUCUACCAAGGAACGACAAAGUCGCCAUUCGUGGCCCAAGAUAUCCAAACUUCUAAAGUUCGGGAUUCACUUGCUUUGCGAAACCCGCCGGCAUCCACUGUACAGCCAUUUGUUUCCAGUGAUUUUUCAGCAACGCCGGAGUUCCGCGGUUACCGCUUCGGCACCGCGUAUGAUAAUAAACCCAGCCAAUUAUUUGGAGGGGCAGCAGUCCCAAGAAAGCCCCUGCCAUCAGAAAAUAUAGAAAUAACAAGAAGACCAGCUUAUAGGUUUGGACAGUUCUCUCCCAUAUCUGCUAACAAUGUAACCAGGAAUUAUCAAACUACGAGAUUACCAACCUAUAGAGAGUUCACAACAGUAGCACCAGUUCUUGAUAGCACAAGUCAAUUCCGUGGAUUCCGGUUUGGACUUGCUUACACUAGUCAAGCACAAACAUUGCCGGAGUCAUCUACACGGAGACCCUUCUGGGUUGAAGAUGCAACUGUGUUUAGUACAAGAAGGCCUUUCGAAGUCGAGGACGCAGCUGCAUUCACCUCAAGAAAACCGUUCCAAUUCGAAGAUAACCAGCACUUUACCAACAGGAUCCACCCUACUGAAGCACCAAUAAAAUUCAGCGCAACCAAUGCACCUUUUUCUUUUGAUAACUUCAACGGCCCAGACCUCAAUAGAGACUCCGUAACAAGAAGGCCGUUCCCCCGCGGAAACUUCGCCAUUUCCGAAUCAAGGACCUUGUCCAGUAAUGAGGACCUUACAACGCUCUCCUCCCAGACGGGGAAACCUUUCGGGUUCCGUUCACGAUUUUAUCCAGAUGAUGAUUCCGUUGCGGAAUUCCAAUCAACGACACUUAGCCCUAGAAAUGCAUUCGACGAGUUGUUCGAUCGAUUCGUUCACUGAAACGAAAAUUUAGCCAUGACAUUCGUACAAGACUUUUUUAUCAACCAAUUAUAAAAAAUAUUGACGAUUUCGGCGAGCAUUUAAUCCAUUCGUAAAUUAUCAUAUUUCCUAGAUGUGCACGUCCAUGCAUAAAUCGAAGACGUCGAACCAGGUCCAUCGCUUUUUAUUAAUGUUUAGUUUUAUUCAUCGCGAGAUAAUGCCCAUAUGGCGAUUUUUUAUAAACAAGACUUAUAUGUAUAUGUAUGUAUGUAAUAUUAAAAAUUCAUAUCUUGCCGAAAUAUGAUAGCUAGUCCGUAGCGAAUAGUGGUAGGUAGUUUCGUCACAAGAUAACUAGAUACUCGUAGUUUAUCUGCAUUCGAGUCAGUCGAGUUGACUUCAUGUUGCCAUAAAAUAUCAUAAGCGAUUUUUUUUGUAAAUAUGCCUUUGUAUACUAGUUUGUAAGUAAAUAAAGUCAAUACGCAGAAAUCGAGAAAUUUUUUGAAAAAAAAUUAGCAGAGAAAUAGGCAAAUAACAAUAUGGACAAAAAAUACAUCUAAAAAUUGCACUUGUUCAAAAUAACUUUUUAACAGUGAAGCACAGAUAAAGUUGGAACAACGUCACAAAAAUAGGUUGGUUCUGCUUUAAUGCAAAAGCAGCUGGUCGUCCUUUAGAUCAGUGACUUGAUCUUGAGAGUUUGUCAGAUCGAAUUUGAAGGUUGACGUCCCGAAUAACCUUUUCAAUUAU